CGUCAUCAAACUGAACAGAUGUCAAAACCGAAGCUAGCGUGGCAAGCAGAGCAUAGCCCCCCGAGUACACGUGUCACUUCGUGCACAACACUCCUUAAAGUUGUUCAGACAAGAAAUCGAAGCACUCAGAGAAUGAAGGUUCACGAGACGAGAUCCCAUGCACAAGCCCCUGGCAAGGAAGAAAAAAUGGUGACAAGAAAGCAAAAGGCAGAGUCAGAAGCCGGGCAAUCUCCCAAGAAGGCUAAGACGGAAGACGAAGGGCAAGACGGUCAACCGAGCAAAAAGUCUAUUGAAGAGAUCAAAGCCGAGUUUGAGAAGUUCUGUAAGGCCACAAGCGAACACCUCUCGAUUCAGCAGAUGCGCGAGAUUCUCGAAGCCAACGGUCAAGAUUCGAGCGGGUCAGAUGAUGCUGUCGUGCCUCUAUGUGAGUGGUCGAGCUGUAUUUACAAGACGCGGGACCCGCCAAGGAUUGACGAGCCAAUCAAGUUGCCAAAUACCAUCAAAGAUUCUGCUGUUAUCGAUGUAAUGCAUGGCGCUUUGGCCCUCAGGCAGCUUGGAGCUGCAGCUGCUCACUGUAAGCUUGUUCCUAAGGUGGCGAAUUUCAUGAAAGUUUUGUGCAGCCAAGAAAUUUAUAGGUAUGCGUUGAUGGAAAUGGGGUUGGAUUUUCCCGACCUUCCGUUGGGUGAAGAGGUUCUCCUGGAAUUCGUUAAGAAGCUGACGGAGACAAAUGAGACGGGGCUGAAGGAGGCGGCUUUGUGGUCCGAUUUCAGCCAGCGUGUUUUUACGCUUAUGCCCUCGACCAGACCUUAUGUGUUCCGCGAUUUUAGCGAUAUAGCUGACCAUGGUGUGGCUGCAUUUGAGACUGUUCGUGAUAUAAAUGUGGCUUCGCGUUUGAUUGGUGACAUGUCGGGUGCUACUUUAGAUGACCCAUUGUCUGAUAGGUACAAGAAUUUGGGGUGCACUAUUAAUCCUGUAGACAAAGAAGCAGACGAUUACAAGAUGAUAGCCAAAUACUUGGAGAAAACAUACGAGCCUGUCAAAGUUGGAGAAAUCAGUUAUGGGGUGAUGAUUGAUGAUGUAUUUGCUGUGGAAGUAAGUGCGGGCCCAUCUCUCGAAGAGAUCAAGAAGCUGCCAAACAAAGUGCUGCUUUGGUGUGGCACUCGGACUUCGAAUCUUUUGCGGCAUCUGAAAAAGGGGUUCUUGCCUGCUACAUGUUUUCUCCCAGUACCUGGUUACAUGUUCGGGAAGGCCAUAGUUUGCUCAGAUGCAGCUGCUGAGGCUGCUAAGUAUGGUUUUACGGCCAUUGAUCGUCCGGAAGGUUUUAUGAUCUUGGCUGUUGCAUCCCUUGGUGAAAACAUUACUCAACUCACAAGCCCUCCUGAGGAUGCUAGUUCACUGGAAGAGAAGAAAAUGGGUGUGAUUGGUCUCGGAAGGAAGAAAACGGACGAGUCUGAGCAUUUUAAUUGGAAAGGUGAUAUAAAGGUGCCCUGUGGAAAACUCAUCCCCUCAGAGCAUAAAGAUAGUCCUCUGGAGUACAAUGAGUAUGCAGUUUAUGACCCAAAGCAGGUGAGUAUAAGGUUCCUGGUGGCAGUGAAGUUUGAGGAGAAGGAUGUGGUGUACGACACUGCUGAGUAGGUGAAGAAAAGGCAGAGUCGAAUUGCCUUAAGCUUUGCUUGGGUGGAAAAAGGCAUGACAUAAGAUGAAGCUUGUUUUUGAUGAUUUGCGUACAAAGAAUGGUGUUGGUAGGGUUUUUUUCUGUUUUGUUGUGAAUAGCUGCGUAUUUUGGUAUGAUUCGAUGUGUGGAUAUAUGUAUGAUGACAUGUUUUUGGCUGCUGUGAAUACCUUGUCAUCAGAAAACCAAACAAUGGUCAACUAUGGGUCAUGUAAUGUUUUUAAGUAGGUGACUCUACAUUUUCACGCUUGGGUUAAUGUUCGUCUUGCUAUCUUUCUCUGCUGAUAUAUUCGCUUGUUAAUAAGAUGAAACGUCCUUUCGUCUUCUCAGCAUAUACAUUUUUAAGCAAGAUCUGAAAAU